AUGGAAACUUUAAGUGAAGACUUGGAUAGAUUACGUUUAAAAUAAAAGAUAAUCAAUUAUGGACUUUAGAUUAAGAAAAUAGAAAAUUGAAUGAAAAUUAAAAUAAAUGGUUCAAAAUAAAUGGUUAGAAAAUAGAAUAUUGUAAUUCGAAGAAAUAUUAAGGUAUUCUUAUAAUAAUUUCAUAUAGUUUCUACUGAAGUAAUCUUAAUCUAAUAAAUUCAGAUUGGAAAUGUAUCCAAUGAAAAAAUUGAACUAAUGUUUAAAGAGAUUAAGAAUUUUUUAAUGAGGCUCAUAUUAUUACUCACGAAUUCGCAAAAUAAUAACUGGAAUAUGAAAAUGAUUGAUUUUAUUAUAAAUUAUAUGAAUCAAUUUAGUUAACAAACUUCACAGAGAAUAGCGAUGCAAUAAAGUGAUGGAAAUGAAAUAUUUAUUCAUAUUUAAAACAAUGCAGAUCGAUACAACAUAAAAUCGGAAAAUGAAAAAAAUUUUAAUUAACCUAUGAUUCCAGACCAAGUCAUAGAAUCUACGACUAUUAAACCAAAACCACUAACAUUUGAAUAAAUAGAAUUGGUUUCAUCUACAUAAGUGAGUGGGGAUGGACAUGUUAAAUCAGUAAGAGUUUAAUGUCCCCAAUGCAAAGAAAAAGUAUUAUUAUUAGCAUUCUAGGUCAACACUGUUAUAAUACGAAAAGCAGGAACUUAAACUUAUCUUGCUUCCUGUAUACUUUUACUUUGUUCAUUUGGUUUAGUCUGUGUCUCAUGUCUGCCUUGUAUUAUUGAUGAUUGCAAAGAUGUCCGACACUCUUGUCCUACAUGUAAGAUUCCUUUGGGCAAGACAUAAUUUAAGAUUUUAAAUUGA